AUGACAGUCUCAGCCAGUCAAUACAGCGCUACUCCCUUGUGGCUGGACUGUGAUCCUGGCCACGAUGAUGCCUUUGCAAUUCUGAUAGCCGCUCAUCAUCCCGGGCUGAAUCUUCUCGGCAUCAGCACCAUCCAUGGCAAUGCUUCCCUAGAGAAGACAACUGCCAAUGCAGGCAGUAUUUUGACGGCCAUUGGUAAACCUGAUAUCCCAGUCUAUCCUGGUAGUCAGAAGCCUUUCUCUCGACCAGCCUUACAUGCACCUGACAUUCAUGGCGAAUCGGGGCUCGAUGGAACCGACCUCCUACCCAAAGCUGCUAAACCACCCAUCACCGAUAAAAACACCAUCCUGACUAUGAGAGAUGCUCUUCUGGCCCAACCGAAAGGAUCUCCCUGGGUGGUUGCUACGGGGACUUUGACCAACGUGGCCUUGCUGUUUGCAACCUUCCCCGAAGUCGUGGAGCACAUUGCAGGACUGAGUCUCAUGGGCGGUGCCAUUGGUGAAGGGUUCACCGAUGCUCCCAUGAGUCGAAUUCCUGGUGAACAUACCAGAAUCGGAAAUGUGACACCAUGGGCCGAGUUCAAUCUAUACUGCGAUCCAGAGUCUUCAGAAUCCAUCUUCAGUAACCCAGCUCUAGCUGCCAAAACAACCAUCAUUGCUUUGGACCUGACACAUCAGGUAUUGGCCUCUCAGGCCGUUCAGACCCGUAUCUUGCAUGGCUCGAUUCACUCGAACGAAGAGCCAACCAUCCUUCGACAAAUUUUGCAUGCACUGCUGACUUUCUUUGCUGCAACAUACGAGAAGGCAUUUGGUCUGAACACUGGCCCUCCUCUACACGAUCCCUUGGCCGUGGCGGUGAUCCUGUCGACAUUGAACCCAGCCUUUUCCACCAAACAUCCCAACCAAGCCCUUAAAUUUGACGACAAAGACGGCGAAAGGUUUGCCCUGAGUAUUGUCACAGAUGGGAAGCAUGGAGAGGAUGUUUCUGUCACAGGGCAAAUGGGUAGAUCUAUCGCUACUCCGGUCGAGGGCCCAGGUGUUGCAAUUCCUAGAGGUGUUGAUCUGGAGGCUUUUUGGAACAUGAUCCUGCAAUGUGUCCAGCUAGCGGACGAUUGCAACGCGGCAAACAAAGCUUGA